AUGGAGAAUAGAAUUUCUAUUUCUGAUAUUGACUUUUCAUCCAAGAUGUCAGAAUUGGGCAUUUCUUUUUUUUUUCGCCACAGCAAGUUUUACUUGGGUGCAGGGAAUUUGGUACCAUCAUGCACUCGUCUCAGGCUUUUCAAGUCAAAUUCGAUAUUUUUCACCAACUCACUUACAAAGAUAUACUUGAUAAAGGCAAAAGUGGGAGUGACAAUUGUAUUAGUAAUAUCUACUAGAUCUUGUAUUGGCUUGAUAUAUGCCGGCUUCCAAAUGUUCUUUACAGUUGUCUUUACCGCUAUGACACGUUUGUCGGCUACUUGCUUUCAGGAUUUUUGGAUGGAGUAUUAA